GCUUGCGAAAACCUUAAUCUUGUGUCGAUGGUCUGUGCGUGGGCAUUCGAUGACUAAUACGAUGCUGAUGUAAGCCUCACUGGCGCGUCGCGUCGCGUCCAAUCACGGUCGAGUGAUAUUCUCGGUCUCGAGAGCGGCGACGGUCGGCAUGGACAGCGACGAUCAGAUGGAAGUGGACUCUGCCAUCCCCUUCGAAUCCAAGGGCAAAGGGAAAGCUGCUGACAACCUUCUACCUUUCGAGGACGAGACGUUACCCUGGGUUGAAAAAUACCGUCCAGUUACCUUGGAUGACGUUGUGUCACAUAAGGAUAUAACAACAACUAUUGGGAACUUCAUUGCAAAAAAUCGGCUUCCUCACCUGUUGUUUUACGGGCCGCCUGGUACGGGAAAAACGUCUACGAUACUGGCAGUGGCAAGGCGAAUAUAUGGUCCUCAGUACCGGAAGCAGAUAUUGGAAUUGAACGCCUCAGACGACCGAGGUAUCGAUGUUGUUCGCGAACAAAUUAAGCAGUUUGCAGAAACACGCACUCUGUUCUCGAAGGGCUUCAAGCUCAUUAUCCUCGACGAAGCAGAUAUGAUGACGCAACAGGCCCAAGCAGCUCUCCGUCGCGUCAUUGAGCAGUACACAAAGAACGUUCGCUUUUGCAUUAUAUGUAACUACGUGAACAAAAUUGCCCCCGCAAUUCAAAGCCGAUGUACGAGGUUUCGGUUUUCUCCACUGCCCAUGACGGAGGUUGAGAAGAGGGUGGAUAAUGUUGUUGACGCGGAAAGUGUGAAGUUAACACCCGAUGGCAAGAAGGCGUUACUCAAGUUGUCCAAGGGUGAUAUGCGAAGGGCUCUGAACGUUCUUCAAGCAUGCCAUGCCGCGUAUGACACUAUUGGAGAGACUGAGAUUUAUAACUGCACGGGGAGUCCACAUCCGUCAGAUAUAGAGACGAUAGUGAACUCCAUGUUAUCUGAUGAAUUCACCACGUCGUAUCAAAUGGUCAAUGCGUUAAAGACGGAACGAGGGCUCGCACUUCAGGACUUACUCGCUGGCGCCUUCGAGUACGUAGAAACAAUUGACUUCAAGCCUCAUGCUCGGGUAUAUCUACUUGAUUUCCUUGCGACGUUAGAGCACCGCAUCUCAACUGGUGCCAGUGAGAAGAUUCAGCUGUCCGCCAUGAUUGGAGCGUUCAAGAACACGGUGGAGCUGACGACGAAGUAGUCUAAUGUCAUCACCUUGUUCACACGACUGGAACUGCUUACGCAGGGUGAUUUUAUAGUUGCUUUUCACAUAUAAUUCAAUUUAGUAUCGUCGUUUUUGCUUCCGCGUGUGGUCCGUGCUGUUACACCACAGAAGUCUGCUGAAUUGUGGUACGUCGAGGAGCACUCUCAAAAUGCAGGUCACACCCCAAAUGGCCCUUGCUCUGAAAGAUGGCGGCGUAUGUUCUUUUUAUUACUUGCAGUUGUCUCUGACCUUUGGUACUGAUCUUCACAGAACGAUAUCUGCAUACUUUACCAGGAUGGUGGACAACUCAGGUUGUGUAACUACAGCAACCGCACGAUAUGCUCGGAGUGCAUCACGG